AUGGGUUCGCCGAUUUCGGGAUUCAUCGCCGAGGCGGUCCUGCAACGGUUAGAGUCGCUAGACUUCCAAAACCACAGACCGAAGUUCUGGGCCUGGUAUGUGGAUGAUACCUUCGUCGUUAUCGACCGGGAUGAACUGCUGACAUUCAAGGAACGUCUGAAUGCGGUCUUCCCGGACAUACAAUUUACGAUGGAGGAGGAAGAGAACAACCAGCUGGCCUUCCUGGAUGUCCUCGUAUGCCGCAAGGAUUGUGGUGGACUAAAGGCCAAAGUGUUCAGGAAAGCGACAAAUACGAUGCAAGUACUGAACUCCAACGGCAACCACCCAAUCAGCCACAAACGCAGUUGUGUAAGAACGCUCUAUAGGCGUGUCGAAACGCACUGCAGUGAGCCGAAAGAAACAAUUGCUAAACUACAAUACCUCCGACGGGUCUUGAAAGCCAAUGGCUACCAGCUCAACUUCAUCAACCGGUGCAUACGCAAAGGGACGAAAGGCCCUACCGCACAGGCAUAAAAUUUUGGUGAGCGCUUCCGUAUGUCAAGAAAGUUUCGGAAGCUGUCGGCCGCCUUCCCGCACCACUUGGAGCUGGAGUUGCACACAGACCGGAGGCAACCAUCGGGCGUCAGUUAAUGAAACCGAAAGACCCACUGCCCGGCAGGAAACGUCUGGAGUGGUUUAUCGGAUCUGGUGCAGUUGCGGACAAAGCAACUACGUCGGAGAAACCGGAGGACAGCUCCGAACGAGAAUGGCCGAACACGCUGCAGCGGUGCGGAGAAAUGACGCCAGCUCUCAAGUUGCGGCUUAUUCGACGGGUCCCGGGCACAUAUUCAAAUUCGAUGAGGCCGAAAUUCUCGCAAAAGGUGACAACCGCGUGAGCCGGGAGCUACUGGAAUCAUGGUUUACUGGCCCCCAGUCCAUCAACAAGUGCAACGAUCUUCCCACUCCAUACUGUGUACUAAAAUUUCGCCUAGGCGGAGUGACAAGCCAUGAGGGGAGCGCAGAGGUGAACACUUUUCCCAACACUGGGGUCGGUGCGUAAGAUGGUCGAGCAAUCAUCACGCCAACAUCCAACGCACGUGAUGAAAUUGCAGCAAUUAUCGACUCGAAUGUCGGCCAUCAAGCAGUGAUCACACCAAGUGCGACGAUCCCAGAUGGGGGGGGGGGGGAGAGCCGUGAAAGUUCAUAGGUAUGCGGUAGCAUGGCUACUGCAUCCUAUAAAUACCGCAGCCCCUUGUGCAGCAACCACCCGUUUCUGCUUUUUUGUCUCUGAUGAUGGAUUCGAGUAGGAAUCCGAAACGUCAGGCUAAUAAAGCUCUUGUCCCGGCGAUCGUGUCCCCUUCUUCAAGGCGUGAAUGUCGGUCAUCACGCCGCGUGCAACGAACCAGGAUGAAGGGGGGGCGUGCAUAGUCAUAGGUAUGCGGUAGCAUGGCUACUGCAUCCUAUAAAUACUGCAGCCGCAUGUGCAGAAACCACCCUUACCUGAUUUUGUCUCCGAUGAUGGAUUCGAGCAGGAAUCCGAAACGUCAGGCUAAUAAAGCUCUUGUCCCGGCGAUCGUGUAUUCGUCUUCUUCUUCGAGGAACUAGAACAACCUAUCUACCAAAAUAUCAAUGAACUAUCUACGUGUGGCAAACGCACGAAGUGGUCACCAAUUAAUCUGCCGGGAUGCGCCCAAAUGCCUGGCUGCCACUCGCGUGAGAGGUGCAAAUGUAGCGUCUCAAAUGACAUUCACAUCGCUCUCGGAGUCAUGUGAUCACGACUCCCGAGCGCCGGGACGGGAGUGUAUUCAAUCCCGAGGACAGCCAAUCACAAGCGCCCACAAACUCCACUAUCACCCAAUAAAUCGGCCAGGCUGAAACUGACUAACCCUCACGUGACACUUAUUCACUCAUGCUCACGUCACCCUAGCGCACGGACGUGCGCGUGCCCACAGCCGGCCCCUCUCUGUGGGCUCUGACAGAACAAACCCCUCCAACUGGUGUCCUUCCCCUAAUCCUCUACAGUGGGUCUAGGUCGUGAUUAUUGUGGCUCUCUGAGAACACUCUCACUGUUUGGACGCCAGACAGGCUCUUCAAUACAGUGGCCGGCCCCGAUCUCACCUACGUGGCGGUGUCAUGAAGACCACAUCAAAAAGAAUCCCGACCAGUCGCCCUCUGACUGCGCGGACUGAAGCGCACAUUGAGUGUCCAAAGGCAGUGACUACAGCGAGGGCGGUCGAGGUGGGUUUUGGAAACAGCUGCUGACGCUGGUCCCUUCAUCACACUGCGAUAGAGUCACAGGUGGUCGAACAGGCCGGUGCGUUUUUCGAAUGCGUCGUGUCGCUAGUGCUGGUAGCAUCCCUCGGCAGUAUUCCCAAUGGCGUUACUGUCGUGUUGGUUCCGAAAAUGUCCAUCCAGACGAACCCAGGUGUUGGUGGUGACGCGUGACUGUAACGGUCCAUUACAGUGGUCAUCGCCAUGGCCGCUUACUCAUGCCACCUUUAGUCCACCUCAUCUCCCCUAUCCGUCGAUGGUCUGAGCUGAGUGAGAAUUAGCACCAGCGUCGUGCUAUCUCGAGACCAAUCGACGUUACACCCGUCGCUGAUUGGUUACAGAGUGAACAAUGCUCAGGCACACGCCCGAGUUUCGCGCCGGGACUGCAUCCUCAUUGGCAUUCAGUCAGCCGUCUGUGCCUGGUGGGUCGCGUGCACGCUCACUCGCCGCGCUGAAGUUUGUCCGAUAAUUCUGUCCUUCCAGACCUUUUAAUUCGGGAAUCUCCCAGUUAUCGACCAUCGUACCCCGGCAUGAUCACUAAUGCGCACACUUGAAAUCCGAACUUCUGGUUGAUUGUCGCUUGCGACGUUUGGGCUACUCCUACUCCCAUCAGACUGGUGGAUUCUUCAUUUUCCAACAGUUCGACCGCUGUGAUCGGCGAUGUCCCCCCUGUGUGCUCUACAGUAGGCACGGUAAUUUGCGCGUAAAUUAGUUUAUAGUGGUGGUGGACUUGCGCAGAUUCUACCGCACUCUAUUCUGUCUCACACCUGGGUCUAAUGUCGGGACAUAGUUUAUAAUGAUAGGAGCCUAUAUGUGAAGAAGAAGACGAAGAAGAAGAAGAGGAAGAAAGAGAAGAAGGAGAAGAAGAAGGAGAAGAUGAAGAAGAAGAAGAAGAAGAAGAAGAAGAAGAAAGAGAGGAGGAGGAAGAAGAAGAAAGAUGAUCAAGCACAGGAAAAUUUUGUUUAUUGUUCUGAGCUUUUGAACUCGUGCAGGAGCCCAUCGUCAGUCGUCAGUCCAUCAGCCAAUCUAUUCAUCGAUCUGGCACCGGCGUACAGAGCCCUGUGCAGUUGCCUCCAGUUAUGCGCAGUCGGUAGAGUAUUGGCUUACAUGCCCUAUAACCGUCGUUUGUUCUGUCGCUGCUACUAGCUCCGACGAUGGGCUCCUGCAGAAGUUCAAAAGUUCAGGUGCUUGGUCACCCUUCAUCUUCACUUAUACAUACACCUGCAACUGGAAAUUUCGACUUCAUUUGUGAUAUAGGUCUUGCGCAGCGUCUACCGCGCCCUCUCUCUCUCCCGCACCUGGUCCCGCUGCCAAGACAGGGUCUAGAAGACCGCAGUUGGCUGGCACGGUAGAUCCUGCACCUAGACGCACGUUCUAAUCCUGCGACACAGGCUUGGUUCUCGCCUUUAUGCCCCCCUUUCUUUGAUGGCGUUCCUCGCCAAAUCUUCCGAUGUAUCCGUUGGUUGUAAGGAGCCAUCGGAUAUAAAGUAAUGGUUUAGAAGAACGAAACACGGUUAACUUCUUUGCAGCGAUACCCGAAAGUGUAAAGUGGUCUGAGAUGUUCGACCCAGACAUCCGAGUCGCUGUGUUGAGCGGACAGCCUUUGUGAAUCAGGAGACUCGAACACUAGAACAAAAAUUCAAUAAGAUGUAUUUAUGAGGCCCCACCUGAUGGACACAAUACUGUUGGGGUUACGGUCAGGGGUAGGGAUUGCAGUUAGGGUUAGGUGUUAUGGUUAUGAGUUCGGGUUAGGGGCUAGGGCAACUAUCUCCCAACCACUCAGAGUACAACCGCGCUUUCCCAAUAGCUCUCCUUUUCCAUCCAACUACUUGAUCUCGUCGCCUGUGCACUCCCCGGCCCCAGCUGUAAAAACCCCCUAUUAUCACCGGUCCCGACGUUUAGGAUACAUCCUCGGACCCAUCGCCAGAGUCAACAGCAAAUAAGGAUGGUACACUGGUUAUACAGCCGCGUCCCUAUCAAAACUAGCGGCUCCCCUCCCCCCCCGAUGCUCGUGCAUAGUGCGAGGGUUGCGUAGUCGUUCACACCAGUGUUUCGUUAGAAGGUCUUAUUGAUUGGGAUGAUAAGGACCCUGUCACCAGAACCAGUAAUCACACGCGCGUCCCGAUCUGACUGAUAAUUCUUCCUAGAGCGCUCCAGAUGGCAGGGGAAGGUGGGGGGGGGGCGUGGGUGACCAGUACUCACGGGCACGCAUUCCACUUGAAUGAUCGUUCAUCCUAGGCAAGGCCUGAGCGCUUCAGAUGGCUGGGGGGGUAAGCAUCGUGCCUGUGAUGCAAUGUAAACUUGGUGAACUCACUUGAAUCCAUCGUCAGAGACAGUGGCAGAAAAGGGUGACUCGUGCACAGGAAGUUGCAGUAUUUAUAGGAUGCAGUCACUAUGUUGCCGCAUACAUAUAGCAAUUAACCGCGAUCCCCUUCAUCAAGGAUUGUUGCCCGCUGUUGCGCUAAUGGCUUGAUGGCCGGCAUGCAAGUUUUUAAUUGCCGAAAUGUCAUCACCAGUGUUGGAUGCUGGCGUGAUGAUUGCUCGGCCAUCUGGCUCACCGGCUUGCGUGCUCCCCGACUGUUCAAUUAAUUUGGCCAGCCUAUGCCUCAGCACGGAAUAUGGAGCGGCCCAUUCGACGAGACCCGGCCACGCAUUCAAGUUCGAUGAGGCCGAAAUUCCCGCGAGAAGGGAUGAUCGCGUGAGCCGCAAGUUGCUUGAGCCAUGGUUUACGGGACCUCAGUCUAUCAACAAGUGCAACGAUAUCCCAACUCCAUAUUCCGUGCUGAGGCAUAGGCUGGCCAAAGUAAUUGACCACUCGGGGCAAUAACAACUUGCAUGCAGGUCACCAAGCCACUAGCGCACAAGGGGACAACAAUCCUUGAUGGAGAGGAGCGCGGUUAAUUGCUGUAGGUAUGCGGUAGCAUAGCGACUGCAUCCUAUAAAUACUGCAACUCCCUGUGCACGAGUCACCCUUUUCUGCCACUGUCUCUGAUGAUGGAUUCAAGUGAGAAUCCGAAACGUCAGGCCAGUAAACCCCUUGUUCCAGCGAUCGCUUCUUCUUCUUCUGAUCAACUGGUUCCUAGAACUCGUAUCUUCGCUUGUAUCGGCCCUACCCGAUUCUCUUAGGGUAGAGUCGACCACAAGAGCAACAGCAUCGUAGGCACUACGCUUGGUCUUAUAUGCAAAUUGUAAGGGAUCCGAAAAACUGGAAGUGAAUGGCUUUAAACUAACCGAGACAACUUGUUCAGUGAUUGAUGUUGCUGGCGGAGAAUACGGCGCGGCGCUUAGCGAUGACAGUGAUCUGUGUGAGCUUUAUUAAAAGCCGCCCGAGUUCACCUCUGGUAGUCCUGACAUCGUCAUGCCACCGAGCCAGCUACCUCCGGUCUUUUUGACUCUACUUUGACACUGGACGCAGGAGGCGACAUCAGCAACGGGACAGUAGGAGGUGAAGUAGAUGCUUCGAAAGUCGCGCGCAAGUCACCGGCGCUGCGCCCACUCAGUGCGGCCUCGCGAUCGAAGUCGCCGUUUUUAGGACGACGUAUGAGAUACAACUUACCUGAUGUAGUCAGCUAGCAGGCAAAUUACAUGCGUCUGCUAAACUCAGCACAGCUUCCCCGACGGGACAUGGGUUGUAUUGCUGUGUUGGGUAGUCUCGUUGGUUGUUAAAAUUAACACAAGUAAAGCCGGACCGCGAAUGCGGCGUGCUGAAAAAAAUAGCCGUAAUGAACAUGUUCAAUUUGAUUACCGCAUUUUUGGUUACGGGAAGCGUGAAACGUAGGCAGCAUUGUUUGACGAAGCACUGAGCUGUCAUCUGAAAGCCCGGAAAUAUUCGAGAGUGACUGCGCAUUUAGGCAGAAGUUUCUGACAAUUGCUUUUGAAGUCUCUGUUUGCUGAGUGGUCGCGUGCGUACCAGUCGGAAUACGGAAACCCUGUCUUGCCUUGAAACUUAUCGGUCUUGAGUCCAGUUGAGAAUGGACAAUCGGCGCAGAAAAUGAAACAGGAGAGACCGCGAUGUCAACAUUCGAUAUCAACUUGCAUCCGGACUGAGGGACCCGGCGGUCUAAGUGUCCGCCAAACACAUUUACUCGGCUGUUCUAGACGCCAUAGACAGGUCUCUUGUCCCCAAGACAGUGACGCACUUCCGGUUUCACGUCAAGGCACAGUUUACCUACACGCACGCACGCACACGCUGGCUAUCCGCCCACGCAUGGCUCACUCACUAGGUCGGAUUCCUCUGCCUGUCUGUUACGUCUGUCAUUCAUAGUCCACGUCCUCGGAGGACCAGUCUGACUCGCUUAAUUGCGGGACGCCUGAUCUCCCCCACCUCCCCCCCCACCUCUUGAACCAAUCAACACCUCUAGAUAGGCUUUGAGCCUGCUUGAACAGGCACAGACAGAAUGCAGCUUAGGCCGCUUCAGCUCCGGGUGUCUUCUACACCUGUGGCCCACUGUUCGUUCGGCUGAACCCUACAGCAGCAGCAGCAGCAGCAGCAGCAGCAGCAGCAGCAGCAGCAGCAGCAGCAGCAGCAGCAGCAGCAGCAGCAGCAGCAGCAGCAGCAGCAGCAGCAGCAGCAGCAGCAGCAGCAGCAGCAGUAG